AACAUUUUUUUUGUCUUGUUUUGUUUUGUUUUCAUCCACUAAAUAUGGAUGAUCAUCGUUGCCUCCAUGGCCGAAAUUCUACCAUUGAAUUUGUAUUAUUAUUUCUUAUCAUCAUCAUCAUUAUUACAACAAAUCAAAUCGAUUUGGCCAUUGCAACUAAUAAUGAUCAAUCAACAACAACGCCGACAACAUUUAUAAAUAGUUUAAUUGCACGUUUUCAAUCCAACGGUAUACGUGGUUAUGUAUUGUUCACAGAAAAUGGUACAUCAACAUCUAUAUCGACGAAAAUUUUCGAUAAUGGAUCAAAUAAUGAAACUUAUAGCUGGAAAGUAUAUAAUGCUGGCUAUAUGAUCGAUAAUAAUGAUUGUAAUGUUCGUAAUAAUAUCUAUUUAAGUUUUGAUCUAACAUUAUUGAUGGGUUCAAUAGAACCAAUCAGACAGAAUAUAUUCAAUGUACAUUUGAAUUUUGUUACCGGUGAACAUUCAUUUCUUGGUAAAACAUUAGUAUUGAAAGGUAAUGAUAGUGGCCGUAUGUCAUGUGCAAUAAUACUUCCAUUUGAAAAUAAAUCAACAUUUAUUGCAUAUUUUCGUACAAAUAUUCAUGGUAUUGUUUAUUUUCUACAAAGUGGUAAUCUAUUCAGUAUUGUAUCAAGUUUACAUCAUUUAUCACCAUUGAUUAAAACAUCAUUAUAUGAUUGGAAUAUUGUAUCAAUGAUCGAUAAUCAUCGAUCAACAUUGAAAACAACAAUGAAAAAUGAUGAAAAAAAUUUUGAUUCUUAUUAUAAAAAUGAAAUACAAAGUUGUAAUUCAAGUAUGGAUAAUUUACAGCCAUUACUUCAAAGUAUGGAAACAAAUCAGAUUAGUGUUUCAAGUGAAUCAUCCACAUUAAAUAGCCGUAGCUAUAUAAAUCUAUUGAAUGUACCGAAUUUAACAUCAUCAUCAUCAUCAUCAUCAUCAACAAAUCUAUAUAUAAUACUACGUAAUAAUAAUCAAAACAUUGCCUGUGCACCUAUACAUCAAUUAUAUCCACGGAAAACAGUUGCAAAAUUUAAUGAACCUGAUUAUCUAAUUGGACAGGUAAUGUUUAGCCAAGAAAGUCCAAUCGAUCCAACAUUAGUGGAUAUUGAAUUGAAAACGAAUAAAUAUGGCUAUAGUUAUGGUAUUGAUGAAUUGCCAUCAAUUUCACGUGCAGCUGAAGCACAUAAAACCUGUCCAAAUAUCAAUAAUAUUAUCUAUAAUCCAACAAAUAUUAGUCCAUUUUCUGUACCGAUCGAAGGAUUAGGUACAAGUGAUCAAUAUGCUAUUGGAGAUUUAAGUGGAAAAUAUGGUACAUUAUUACAGAAAUCGGAUGAAAAAAUCAGUACAGUUGAUUUUAAUCUACCAUUAUUUGGACCAGAAAGUGUAGUGGGCCGAGCAUUAGUAUUCUAUGCACCAAAUGGAACAACAGUUGCAUGUGCUAAUCUAGAAUUAGUCGAUGUUGAUAUGACCGUUUCAUUUGCUACAUUUGAUAAACCGAUACAAGGACAGAUUAUUUUUAAACAGCCAAAAAAUCGUUGUAAUGAAGAUACAUCUAUUUAUUUUGAAAUUUCACGUUCCAAUGAUAAUGAUACAAUUACACAUAAUCAUGAAUGGAAUAUACAUCGCAGUCCAAUAUUCACCGAUAAUAGUUGGAGUACAUCGGAUUGUAGUAAAACGGAUGAAAUAUUUAAUCCAUAUAAUAAAACAAUGGACACCAUUUAUCGUCGUGAUUGUAAUGGAAAAAAUUUGAUUGCCUGUAUUAUUGGUGAUAUGUCGAAAAAAUUGUCAACAAUUGAAAUUGUACCAUAUAAAAUCAAUGAAAAUGGUGAUGUUAAUCUGAAAAAAUAUUAUUUCAUCGACAUUCAUUUACCGUUAUGUGGACCAAACAGUAUAAUUGGUAAAUCGAUACAGAUUAAUAAAAAUAAUUUCGAUCAACAAUCAUUGGCAUGUACGAAUAUUGUACUGUUUGAAAGUGAUGAUGAUCAGGAUUAUUCUUGAAGAGAAAAAAAAAAACAAAUUCAAAUUCUAAUCUAGUAUUUUAAAUUAUGUGUGUCAAUAAAAU